CUACUCAAACGUCUCGCCUUGCAGGAGGACGUGUUUGGAGAUAAUUCAUGUAUAAAUACAGCGGUCAGAGACGCGCGGCGCACACAACGCCAAUCCACGCUUACGGGCCAUGUCACUCCGGGCGGUCGCGUUCGUACUCGCUGUGCUGUGCUGCGCACGGCACGUAAAGACAAGCAGUUGUCACGAUGGUUGCCAGGUGAGGGUAGAGCUGACCUCAGGCCCCAUCUGCGGCAGCGUGGAGGUGGCGGAAAAUGCCACCCAUUACUACAGCUUCCAGGGCAUACCAUACGCCAAACCACCCACUGGCGCCAGGCGAUUCGCUGAGUUAGAAGACUGUGACCCAUGGGUCGAGCCUCUCCUGACCAUCGAAGAAGGCCCCGCAUGUCCCCAGCUUGAUAUCAUCUACGGCAGCAUUCCUGUGCAAAAAAAGGGCAUGCUCGAAGACUGCAUGUACGCCAACGUCUACGUGCCAGAGAGUGCACACUUGAACUGUACAGAUAAUGACGACGAAGGGCUCCCCAUACUGGUGAACAUCCACGGCGGUGGCUACCAGACCGGCUCCGGAAACUCUGAUCUUCACGGUCCUGAAUACUUAAUGUAUAAGGGCAAUGUAAUCGUGAUGUCGUUUAACUACAGGCUUAACGUGUUUGGUUUUCUUUCACUGGACUCCGAAAAGAUUCCAGGCAAUAACGGGCUUCGCGACAUGGUCAAAUUCCUGAAAUGGGUGCAGAAAAACGCAAGGGCUUUUGGUGGCAACCCUAAAAACGUGACACUUAUCGGCCAAAGCGUGGGCUCUGCCAGCGUACAUUUGAUGACAUUAACUAAAGCUACGGAGGGUUUGUUCCAAAGAGGGAUAAUGAUGAGCGGCACUGCCAUACCUAUGUUCUUCAGUGCAUCAAAAACAUUUGCGAAGUAUGUGGCCGACUUGUUCCUGAAAGCCGCCGGUAUCACCGCCACUGACCCUGACGAAAUCCAUCAAAAGCUGAUCGAAAUGCCUCUGAAUGAUAUCAUGUACGCCAACAGUAUCGCGCAGAACUUAACUGGUCUCACGACCUUCGUGCCCGUGGUCGAGAGCGACCACCCGGGCGUUACCAAAAUUUUAGACGACGAACCCAUCGAACUGAUCGCGAAGGGCCGCGGCUCCAACAUACCAUUGAUCGCAGGUUUCACAAAUAACGAGGCUGUAUUCUUUAGAAGAGUUGCAGUUUACUUAAACAUGUUGGAACGUGUGCGCCAAGACAAUAGGGUCGUCAUGCCGUUGAGGUUGGCUUACGGUUUAAAUGCCAGCGAAGCGGAAUCAAUAGCAGACAAAAUAAUGGAUUAUUAUUUCAGUGAAUCGUUAGACAUGGACAAACUGUUGAAUUCCAUUUCAAACUUAUUCUUCGUGUAUCCUACGCUUAAAUUGGCUCAAGUCCGAUCAGCCUUAGGUGCUGCGCCAUUGUAUUUAUACGAGUACUCGUACGAGAGCAAGAACAGCAUGAUCAAGCGCGCGCUGUGGGAGCAGUACCAAGGGGCUGCACAUGUCGAGGACUUAACCUUCCUCUUUCGCACCAACACGCUGAUGGGCGACUACGUGUCCUUCCCUCCCAAGGACAGUGACGACCAUAUGAAAGAUUGGAUGACUGAUUUUGUUCUUAACUUCAUCCGUUGCAAUAAUCCAACUUGCAACAACGAUACAUCGUCUCCAUGGCUGCCUGCAGACCACACACAUCUACGUCUCCUAUCCAUAGCCGAGCCGAAGGUGUACAAAAUGACGGAACUAUCAGAUACACAGAAAUCCAUAGUUAACUUCUACGACUCCGUAGACCCGCAUACCAAGGCUCUGACGAAAACUUUGAACAUCAGGCCUGUGUAAUAACCAUCGCGUAUGGAGACCAGCGGCGUGCACAUCGGAAUAUUUAUACAUACCCCUAAAGCCAAAUGUGUGAUUUCGUUUAUAAUUCGUAUGUUUAGUGUUGUUAUUAUUUCGGACAUCAGUUGUAUUUACACAUCUGUAUGUACAGACUGUGGCGUUGAUAUCCUUGGAUUUUUAUGAGUAUCGUAAAAACUAGCCCUGAUGAUCCAAACGAACUACCAAAACAGAAUAUGAAUGGUGUUUUUAUAUUGUGCGCAUGUAAUCAAUUACCUUGACCGCUAAUAUCUCGUUAUUUUUGUUAUUUUGAUUGACUCAUAUUAUAGAUUUAUCAUGAGUGCCUUUACUGGUGGUUUACAAUCCAAUUUCAUAUAAUUAUAAAGCUACUUCUUUUGCUAAUGAACGCCACAGCAGCACGACAGAGGAAGGGUCCAUAUAACCCGAUUUCUUCUGUAAUAUUUGUGGUCAACCUUAAAAUAUAUUUCCUACAGCUGGAUUCGAUCCCGAGACUUUAGACCAUCAGUCAUACCGCGCUCGCAAUAAAAUUAAGCCAGUUAGGCAGUCAGGCUUCGAAUUAAUAGUCAGGGUUUUGAACUGUGCUUAAAAAUUAUAUGUAAAGGCAAUUUGUAAUCAAUUUGUAAAAGCAAACAUUAAGAAAGUUGCUUUUAAGACCCAUCAACUUACAAUCAUAUAACAAUUUAUGUAUAUAACGUAAUACAACUUUAGUUAUUGUCCUCUUAGGGUACUUCAAGAGUGAUGCGUUAUUCCCAAUGGAUAUCAGACUAUAUUUGAAAAAUAAUAAAGUUAUGCGGGAUACUGUAGUAAUGAAAUACUACUCGAAUUUGUUCGGGCGCGAAAAUGCUGAACGGAAUUACAAGAUAAUCGGAAUCGGAAUUAUAUCGAGGAAGAGUUAAAUAAUGAAAAUAAAAUAAUACAUGAUCUAAAUUACUGACACAAUUUUAAAAUUCUUUUCAAUAGAUAAAUUUUUGACACCUUAGUUUUUUAUUAGUUUCAUAUGCCAUUUAAGUUAUUAUAUUUAACUGCCAAAACUGGUCUGGUCUAUAAAGUUAUUAGUUAGGGUGUACAUAUUGUUAUAAUUUUUCUUUGUAUAACAUUGAUACAUGUGUAAUAAAUGUGAUGUUGCAUUAAA